CGAGGGACAAGCGCCUGGCAAGGAGUCGCGCGCUGAGCCGCCGCCGCCGCUGCCGCCAGACCCCAGCCUGCGCGGGGCUCCGUGCCAGAAGGCAGCGGACAGGCCGAGUCCCAGCCCAGCAAAGCAGGGAGGGCCCCCGACGGCGACCAGCCCGGCGAGGGGCCAGCGAAGGGGGACCCGGAGGAAGGCGGCUUCACCGGAGACCCGGCAAUGGCGCUCGACUUUCUGGCUGGAUGCGCUGGGGGUGUGGCAGGCGUGCUGGUGGGACACCCGUUUGACACGGUCAAGGUGCGGCUUCAGGUCCAGAGUAUGGAGAAGCCCCAGUACCGAGGGACCUUGCACUGCUUCCAGGCCAUCAUCAGGCAGGAGAGCGUGCUGGGCCUGUACCGAGGCCUGGGGUCGCCGCUCCUGGGGCUGACCUUCAUCAACGCGCUGGUAUUCGGCAUGCAGGGCAACACCCUGCGGGCGCUGGGCCGGGACUCGCCACUGAACCAGUUCCUGGCAGGCGCGGCGGCCGGGGCCAUCCAGUGCGUCAUCUGCUGCCCCAUGGAGCUGGCCAAGACGCGGCUGCAGCUGCAGGAGGCGGGCCCGGCGCGCACCUACCGCGGGCCCCUGGACUGCCUGGCGCAGAUCUACCGGCAGGAGGGCCUGCGCGGCGUCAACCGGGGCAUGGCGUCCACGCUGCUGCGCGAGACCCCCAGCUUCGGCGUCUACUUCCUCACCUACGACGUGCUGACUCGCGCACUGGGCUGUGAGCCGGGCGACCGCCUGCUGGUGCCCAAGCUGCUGCUGGCGGGUGGCACGUCAGGCAUCGCGUCCUGGCUCUCCACCUACCCCGUGGAUGUGAUCAAGUCGCGGCUGCAGGCCGACGGGCUGCAGGGCACGCCGCGCUACCGGGGCAUCGUCGACUGCGUGCAGCAGAGCUACCGCGACGAAGGCUGGCGCGUGUUCACACGGGGGCUGGCCUCCACGCUGCUGCGCGCCUUCCCCGUCAACGCGGCCACCUUCGCCACCGUCACCGUGGUGCUCAGCUACGCACGCGGCGAGGAGGCCCGGCUUGAGGGCGAUGCUGGGUCCGCCACCCUGGCCCAGCCCUCCAGCCUGUGAUGCCCCCCGCCCCACCUUCCCCGGGGCGGUUUUUCCAAAACGCAGCCCAGGCUCUUCCAGAACUGUAAAUGGGUCCCCUGCCGACCGCCCUGCCCCAGACACCCAAGACCCCAUGGACUGUGGGCUCAGUCAGACCUGGGUUGAAUUUCACUCCUCAGCUGGGUGGGCCUUGGCUACAGUAUUUGACCUCCUUGGUUUUUCUCCACUGCAAAAUGGGGACCCUGUUCCCCGUGUUGUACUGUCGGGAAGCUCAGAGAUGCUGCCUGUGGGGCACCCAGCCUGGCACUGUUACUGGCUUCUGGAGUCUUCCAGAAGCCCAGCCAACACUCCAACCCUUCCCUGGGAUCCUGCCCACACCUUGUUGGGGGGGGGGGGGUGGCGGUCUCUGAAGACCCACCAGUGGGCUUGCCAGGGACUCAUUAACUGAACUCCUCCACCUGGCAGAGCUCCAGGGAUACUUCUAGGCCACUGUCCGGUCUGCGUUAGGGACAGAGGGGCAACUCGGGGGCCUUCUGGGAUCCCAGAACUGAACCCUCUUGCCAGCACACCCCAGCUUCUCCGAGUUGCAAGACUGGUAAUACCGCUACUCCUGCCACUCCCACUGGAGGGUAACCUGGGGACUACUAAAAAGCCAUGGAACCUUCUGGAAGGUCCACAUUACCUUAGGACCUGGGGUUGGGGAGCAGGCACAGGUCAGUGGAAGGGGAGAUCUCCACAGUUAAACAGAGCCAUGGCAAGGGGGAGUCUUUCCACUCUCUGGGCCUCAGGCUGCCCAUCUGUGACGUCAUGACGCAACUGAUGUCUGCAGCUCAGGCCCACUGCCAACAGUCAGGGUUCCCCGAGGUUUGCAGAGGGGUCGGCAGGGAGAACCUGUGGGAUCCCUGAGCCCUGGGAAAUGGUGUCUUUCCCAGGCAGUCAGUCUCAAUGCUGUGUUCCUGUGAGUCCAGGCGGGGCCUGUAAGUGGGCACAGGUCUGACCAGUUUGGGCCCCUCCAGGCCAAAGGACAUCUGCACCCACAUGACCGGGGCUGUCACUAGAAACCAGCCGGUGGUGUGAGCUCUGGCAGCCUGGGUACAGCUGGCACAUCGUGGCCGUGAGACCGGACAGGGAAGCGAAUACUUUUGCACAAGCUGGAGGUGACUGUGGCCGCCACAGUGAUUGGAGGUGACUGGCCCUACUCCUGGGAGGUGGGCUGUGCUCAAGGAAGCCAGGAUGACCCUCCCCCCAGUCCCUCCACCCCCUUACCCCCACCCCCACGUGGCAUCAUUGUUGUACAGA